CCGCAUCGAGACAGCACUUGCGUGUCAUCUCGUGCGCAAAGCCUAUUCAAGGAUUCGCGUCCUUUUGCUGACGUCCUCACGUUCUCCUUCACCGGGGUUCCCCAGGGACAAGGCAGAGGAAGGCUGUCCUUGGAGACCGCUUUCCAAGGCUCCCAUGCGACGUGCGGGAUACUGCUAGGCGUCAAACCUCUUUUCUUUUAUAUCACCCCAAUACGCUCGUUAUAUAUACAUAUAUAUGUCCGCGAGGUUCUUCGACCGCUCAUUUUUUAACUCUCGCUACUCGCUGGUUGUCCUUGUGACUCUAGGAUAACUCCGGUUCUUCGUUGGGAUUCCCACUGACAGCCAUGUUCAAACGAUCUUUUUCGUCGAAAGACCGCGCGGGCAAGUCUGUUAGACCUGCGAAGAAGACAUACCGCGAGAAUGUGAAAGCCAAACUGCAGGAGAGUCUGGAUAGUCCGCCAGUUGGGAGCGCCCUCACAAGCCCUAUCAUCACCUUGGUGGUAGGUAGAGAAAAUCGCCUUUUUGCUGCCCACGAAGACAUCCUCUCUAUUUCGCCUUUCUUUUUGUCUACCAUCAGGGAGCAAGCCUCCGAUGGUGAUAUGAAACAGAUCGUCCUGCCCGAUGAAGAACCCGAGAUACUGUCCUGCGUCCUCGAAUUCUUGUACAAGGGGGACUACUACCCGCGCUUGAUGCACAACAAGCGCCGCAACUCCUGGGUACUCGAGGAUGCGCAGGAUUUUUCUAAAACCGGUGGCCGCGGGUCCUGCGAAGCGACAAUGUUCCACUCUGGUGUCAAUGACUAUCUGCUCCGAGAUACAGUCAUCUACUGCGCCGCUGAGAAGUACGGUUUGGACGAGCUGAAGCGCCUUGCCCUUCGCAAGCAGGGCCUUCAAGCUGGAAUUCCAGUCGAUGUCAUCCUUCGAUCAGCACGGUACACGUACGACCAUACACCAGACUCCGAGUCGCGGCUCCGUGCUCACUUCCUGGCUCUGAUAAUCCGAAGUCGCAAGACUUUCAAGAGGAGCGGAACCAUGCAAAUGGAGAUGGAAAGCGGCGGUAAACUGUUUUUCGAUUUGUUCGUGGCAAUGUGCAACCACAUUGACGAUGUCGUGGAGCUCAGCAACAGCCGAUCUCCCAAAGUCAUCUGAAAUGAUUAAGAGGCUGCACACUAAACCUCAAACCUAUCGUAUCGACCUGCUCGGUCGGUCAAGAAUGAAGCCAAAGAAAGAAACUGAACCUACAACUCCCUAACCCAAAUUGUGCAACAUGAUAACAAAGGAGAAUGAAGUACCGUGCCGAGCAAAUUUCUACCUGGUUUCUCAUUUAUCUAGUUCUCUUCUCCCUGGAUUGACUGAUCUAUUGAAAACAGUACAAAAAAUAUAACUCAACACUACUUCGCUUCUCUCGAGAUUGGCCGCAAGCAAGUUAUUUGGCUUAGGAAGAGACAGCCGG